ACUUGUUUCGCUCUAUAUCUCCUUUGAAGACUCGCUUAGCAGAUGAUAUACAGCCUACCUGUAUACUCUUGAAGAAAAGGACUGACAGGAACCCUGCAAUGAGCCCCUCAGAUAUGUUAAACAGCACCGAUGAAGGCGUGGCAAGCGUUGAAACCGAAGUCACCCAUUGGCCACAAGGGAGCCUGGGUAACGACAGCAUGUACCCCCACCGCCCCGACUUCCACACUGACAUUACCAAGCACCUGUGGGUCCAGAUCACGCUCAUCACAGCCUACUCUCUCAUCAUCCUGCUGGGCCUGGUGGGCAACGCCCUGGUCAUCUACAUGAUUGUCCGCUUCAGGAACAUGCGCACGGUCACCAACUUCUUCAUUGCCAACCUGGCUGUGGCAGAUCUGUUGGUGGACACCCUGUGCCUGCCCUUCACUCUGGUCUACACUCUCCUGGAUGAGUGGAAGUUUGGCGCAGUGCUGUGCCACAUGGUGCCCUUUGCCCAGGCCCUGAGCGUGCACGUGUCCAUCCUGACCCUGACGGUCAUAGCCCUGGAGCGCUACCGCUGCAUCGUGUUCCACCUGGGCCAGCGGCUCACUUGGCGUUCCAGCUUCCUCAUCAUGGCGCUGACCUGGACCUUGUCCUCCAUCCUGGCUGGGCCCCUGGCCAUCUUCAGAGAGUAUCGCUACGAGGAGAUCCCCUCCAUCAACCUGCGCUUUGCAGUCUGCUCUGAGAAGUGGCCCCAUGGAACCAGCUGGGACGGGGUCAUCUACAGCUUCUCCAUGCUGGUCCUGCAGUACGUCCUUCCCCUGGCCAUCAUCAGCUAUGCCUACAUCUGCAUCUGGGUCAAGCUGAAGAACCACGUCAGCCCCUCCAGCCGUAGUGACAGUUUGAAGAGAAGGAAGAAGACCACCAAGAUGCUGGCUCUGGUGGUGGUGGUGUUCGCCACCUGCUGGCUGCCCUUCCACGUGUUCCAGCUGGCUAGUGACCUGGACCUGGCGCUGAGGCUGAAGGAGUACAAGCUCAUCUACACCGUCUUCCACAUUGUGGCCAUGUGCUCUACUUUCGCGAACCCACUCCUCUACGGGUGGAUGAAUAAGAACUACAGGAAUGGCUUCCUCAUGGUGUUUCGUUGCGAGGACAAACAGGACUCCAUCCAUCCUGAGGGCUCCUUCAGGACCAGAUCCAUGAGGGGGGUGACUCUUAACGGGCGCAAUGGUGGACAUCCUCCCACCGCUGUUUGAGGCCCUGUGACUCAUAUUAAGUAAAUAAAGAACACAAAUGUGAAAGAUGUUAUGGACCACUGGCUUGAGAUGAAACUACAACCUUCUGACUUGAAUUACUUACCUUGAAUACCUUACAAUGGGGAGGGUUAAAUGUUAGUGCAUGUGAAAUGUUUGAUCUGAGGCCUUUCACCUUUGUUAGUGGUAAUCUUGUCAAAUACAUUUCAAGAUGUUUAAGAUGUUAAAACCAUAUGUACGGUAUAUAAGUUGCCAUUGCAGAGCAAUUGCAGGUUAAACUACAUGAAUUGACCUUGCAAGGAUUACAAUCAUUUUUAGCUUUUUGAAAUUGUGAGGCUGUAUAUUUUCAUCUGUGAAGUGACAUCACGGUUCCUCUAAAGAGUCCUUUUCUAGGAAACUAAUUAUGUCCAUAAUUGCUCUGGGUGGGUAAAUGGCAGGAUAUUUGCCAUUGAAAUUGGAACUGCUGCUUUUUCAUGUAAUGUUGGUGUUCUUUCAAAUGUGUGGAUGUAUCUCAAAAACAUAAACAACUGUUUUGUGCAGGUUGUGCCCUUAAUUAACAAGCAAACCAUUAAUAUUAUUCUUACAGAAUGAUGGUAGUCACUUGGUAAGCAUGCAAAAAGCAUUCAGCCUUAGGCCUUCUAAAUAAGUCAUAAGAUACAACCUUUUGUUCAUUGAACUAGUGCUUUGAAUCUUCCGUUUCUUUAUGCAGUCCAUUCAAUCAAAAAUGUUUAGAAGAAAUCUAUGAUAGAGAAAAACAAGUGAA